CUAGGUGCAGCAAGCGACACGCUGAGAGAACAACUGCAGCACUGUGGCAACGACUCAUAAAGGACAGAUGCGGACAACGUUGUGCGCAGCGUUCGCCAGCAUCGCCGCAGCACUGCGGACGACGCACCGACGAGCGCUGCUGCUGAGCCCCGCGUCUCUCUACCCGCUUGCCGUGCGCGCGGAGCCGCUGCCCUCGGGCCGCAAGGAGCUCUACGCGCUCGUGUGCGCCGCCGCGUGGGUACUCAAUCGAGCCGCGGGGGGUCGCUGAUGACGGCGAUGCUGCCUUCCUAUUGACGACACGAGUGAAACGACCAUUGCUUCGCGUUCUGGCGCCUUCGCCGGCGCCGCCUGAGACCCCCGCGCCGCUUCUCGCCCGCCGCCGCGCUGCCUCCCUCUCCCGAUUCACACGUCGCCGCGCGCAGCGCCGACGCGCGGCGGCAGCUCGACCCCGUGCCCGGCGGUGCAUAAAUCAAAUGGUCGACGCGACGUCAGCACGACGGCGUCGCGUCGAUGUCACUGGUUGAUUUUGUGCUCAGGUGCCCGGGCUCCUCGAGGCGCGCAAGUGGGACUCCGUGCGCGCGAUCCUCAUCACGCCGCCCCUCUCGGACUGCUGGGGCAAGAACGCGCGGCCGCUGCUGCGCGACUUCGCGGCGGCGCUUGGUGACAGCGGUGGCGACGAGCUGGCCGCGCUCGAGGCGCGCGAGGACGCGAUGAGCCACCUGCGGUAUCUGGAUAUGGCCGUCUACAACAACGUCUUCAGCCCGGCCGGCGGCGACGCGGCCGUGAGCGCGUCGAAGGACCUCGUCCGGCAGUACGUCGAGCUGCCGGCGCAGGAGCUCGCAGCGUCCACGAAGGCCCUCGACAUUCUCGUCGACCUGGGUAAGGUGAAGUAGUGAGUA